UAAGAAAAAAGAAAAACAGAAAACAAAAGGAGACAAGCGUGAAACCCACCCUGUUAAAAAUCAACCCCUCCCUUUCGUUUUCUUUCUCUCCUCUCUUCCAUCCUCUCUUCACUCCCUGGCUGCCACUCUCUCUAUCUUGCACCACCACAGAGAAAAAAGAUCCUCAAGACAAACAAGAGAGAGGGGGAGAGGGACAAUGGGUUCUUAUUUGUGUAUUGAAUAGUGUACCAAAACCUCUUCUUCUUGGAGGAAGAUGGCGAUACCAAAACAACAAGAACUAGAACAAAAUGAACUAAACUCACAACAAGAACAAAACGCUUCAUUCCUGCUAGAUGCACUCUACUGUGAAGAGGGGAGAUGGGAAGAUGAACCAGAAGAAGAGGUUUUGCAAGAGAGUACUUUUGUGAAUGAUCUUUUUCCACUUUCAUUGCUUGAACAAGAUUUGUUCUGGGAAGAUGAGGAACUUCUCUCACUCUUCUCUAAAGAACAAGAACAGCAAGCUUCUGUUAGUGUCAACAAUGUAGCAGACGAUCCUUUUCUUUCCAGGGCUCGUCAAGAAGCCGUGGAGUGGAUGCUUAAGGUCAUUGCUCAUUAUGGAUUUUCAGCUCUCACAUCAAUCUUGGCUUUCAAUUAUCUUGAUAGGUUUCUUUCUGGCCCUUGUUAUCAAAGAGAUAGUAGGCCUUGGAUGAUCCAACUUGUGGCUGUCACUUGUCUUUCUUUGGCUGCCAAAGUUGAAGAGACUCAUGUUCCUUUUCUCUUAGACCUGCAAGUGGAGGACACAAAAUAUGUGUUUGAGGCCAAAACCAUUCAAAGAAUGGAGCUCUUAGUACUUUCAACACUGAAAUGGAAGAUGCACCCAGUGACUCCACUGUCAUUUCUUGAUCAUAUCAUCAGGAGGCUUGGGUUGAAGACCCAUGUUCAUUGGGAGUUUCUGAGGAGAUGUGAGCAUCUCCUUCUCUCUGUUGUCUCUGAUUCAAGAUCUGUCAGUUAUCUUCCUUCUGUAUUAGCCACUGCUACAAUGAUGCAUGUUAUAGACCAAGUUGAGACCUUCAAUCCCAUUGACUACCAGAACCAGCUUCUUGAUGUUCUCAAAAUAACCAAGGAAAAAGUAAAUGGAUGUUACGGUCUGAUUCUGGAGCUAUCAAGGAACCGAACCACUGCCAAUAACAAGUCUCAAAAGAGAAAGUUUGAACCCAUGCCUAGCAGCCCUAGUGGCGUAAUUGGUGCUGUUUUGAGCUCUGACAGCUCAAACGAUUCUUGGGCUGUGCAAGGGUCAUCAGUCUCUUCGUCACCAGAACCUCUCUUUAAGAAGAGCAGAACCCAAGACAAAUGGGUCUUUGCGGACAUCGUUAGCAGCCCGCCUUCAUCUCUCUCUCUCUCUACCCAUCUCUUUCUCUAAAAAUCUGCCAUAGUAAUAUUGUUACUAUGUUGAUUAGCUCUCUCUUUAAAUUGCCUCCCAUCUUGACAAUUCCAAAGUUCCCCACCAUAGAUAUGCAUCAUGAGAGGGUGGCCAUUUAAAGAAGAGGGGCAAGAGAGUCAUCUCCCUUAUUAACGUCUCUUGCGCAUGCUCUUCUUCCUUUUCAUGUACAAGUCUCUUUGAGAGCAUACUUUAUAUGGACAUGUUGAUAUUAUAUUCAUAAAAUAAACUCAAAAUCAUUUUUGUUC